AGAGACAUGGAAAUGAUGAAAUUGACAUCUGGAUGCAGAAGUUGAAGGACAUCAUGUAUGAUGCUGAUGAUAUUAUUGAUCUCUGUAUAAUUGAAGGGGGGAUGUUAUUGAAAGCUCGAGCUUUGUCAGGAUCAUCGACUAUGAUGUAUGGAAUUCAUCUGUGUGGGCAGAUUGCUUAAGAAUACCUAUAAUGAAAUGUGCAGCAAGUUGUACGGUCUUAGUUACCUCAAGAAAAGAACAAGUUGUAACGUUAAUGAAGGCUACCUAUAUCUACCCAGUUGAAAAAAUGAAUGAUGAAAGUGGUUGGAAUUUGCUUAAACAUUUAGCGUUUGAAGGUGAAGGAGAUGAAGAUCAGAUAUCAAGCUUUGAAGAAAUAGGUAUUAAACUUGUCUAUAAAUGUGAUGGUUUGCCUCUUGCAAUCAAAGCUAUUGCUGGAGUUCUAUACCAACAAAACAAAGCAAAAUGGGAGGAAGUUCUUCAAAGUGAUGCAUGGAACAUGGAUCAGAUUAAGGAAGAACUUAGGCCUUUAUAUUUGAGCUACGAAGACUUACCGUCUAGUUUAAAACAAUGUUUUCUCUAUUGCUCUUUGUACCCUCAAAAAGAUAUGUAUUCUAAGGAGAUUGUUCAGUUUUGGGUCGCCGAAGGUCUUAUUAUGGAUGAACAAGAUAAGUUGAGGAGGGAUCUUCCCACUGAAAAACAGAGAACAAAGGAAGAUAUCGGGGAGGAAAUUUACAGGGAGCUACUUUGUAGGAAUCUCUUGGAAGUUGAUGUAGAUUUGGAUAUGUCCAAGAGUUUCUUCUCUAUGCAUGAUCACUUUCGAUCUCUCGGUGCACAUUUAAUGAGAGAGGAAGGAAUUUUAUAUCGACAUGGUAGAGAAUUCAAAGGAGAUGAUAACAUAAAAAUUCGGCGGCUGUCAAUCUCUUGCAUGGGGCCUAAGCUAGUGUUACCAGCUCAAAUUCUAAGACAAGCUUGUUUGAGAACUCUAAUUCUCACAGACUCCCCUAAAACCAAGACGAUCGAAGAUAGUGUACUGCAAGCAUUACCGUGUUUGCGAGUUCUGGAUCUCACAAAAACAUCAAUUGAGAAGAUUCCAGAUUGCAUUGGAGAUCUACUACAUUUAAGAUAUCUAGAUCUCGAUGGAACAAAUAUUCGUGAGAUUCCGACAACUAUCGGGAACCUUGUAAACCUUCUGAGUUUGAAUAUCUCAGAGUGUGAGUUUUUGGAAAGACUUCCUGUGUCCAUCACUAAGUUGCAUAAUCUAAGAUGGCUUGACAUGAGAGAUAGUCCAAUGCUCACUCAUGUGCCUAAGGGAAUUGGGAAACUAGAAAACUUCUAUAACCUCGAGGGAUUUAUGGUUGGUCAGAAUGGCUCGGCCUCUGAAGAAGGUUGCGAUUUAGAAGAGCUGAAAAAUCUAUCCGAGUUGAGAGUCUUGAGCAUUUAUAGGCUUGAGAGGGCGGAAGGAGGAGCCUCUGCACUUGCAAACAUGCCUUUUCUUAUGGAGCUUGUGCUGGGAUGGAAGCGACCAGAUGAGGAGGAGGUAGAUGCUAAAGCUGAUGAAGAAGUAGAAGGCGAUGGCAAGGAUGAUGGAGAUGCAGACAAGGACAUGGGUGAUGGUGAUUAUGAUGGCUCUGGAGCAGAAGAUGAAAAUGAGGAGACUGAGAAAGAAGAUGAAAAUGAGGAGGAGGAUAGUGAGGAAGAAGAUAAAGGAUGGAGUGAGGAGCAAAUCAGUAAAGCUGAGAGGAUAUGCAAUGAAAUGACUCAGCCUUCAUCUACCAUAUUCGACCUCCUCUUUUCUCAGUACCCCGGCCGACAGUUCCCGAUCUGGAUGCAAUCCUCUUCCUUGGCUGAAUCUUUUCCAAACUUGACGUAUUUGAAGCUUAUUAGGUUGCCAUGUUGUACAAAGCUCCCUCCCUUGGGUACACUGCCUCAGCUCAAGUACCUCCGUAUUGAAAGUGCAACCGCCAUAACGACCAUUGGGUCCCAAUUUCUCGGAUCAAGAAGCUCUGCAUUUCCCAAACUCGAAAUGCUCCAAUUCCAAGACAUGCCUUCAUGGGAGGAGUGGACAUUCAAUGGAACACCUCUUGCUGUGAAGUUGUUUCCAAUUCUCAGGACCUGUAAUAUUAUCGACUGCCCAAAUCUAAGAGCUCUUCCUGAGGGCCUCUGUCGAGCCACCAACUUCAACCAACUGUGCUUGCACGAAACAUAUGAGCUAGGUGAGAUCGACAACCUCGCCUUGGCUUACAGGCUCGAGGUCACAAAUGGCAUAGAGUUGAAGAAGAUUUCCAACAUCCCGUCAUUAAGAUAUCUUGCGGUGAAUGGCUGUCCCAGCUUGGAGUGCGUGGAGAAUCUCGGCAAGCUGCAGCAUUUGGCGUUGAUAUGUUCAGAGGAAACGGAGCAGCUCCCGCAGUGGCUGCUUGGCUUGAUCGAGCAGCAUAACAACACGGCAAGCACUCAAAGGAGUCUGAGGAAAUUCGAGAUGCAGUGCAAUCUGCAACUGCUGAAGAGCUGUUUGGAGGGCAAUGAGAAUUGGGACAUCAUCAAGCAAAUUCCCAAUGUCAAAAUCCAAACAUUUUCCAGCCAAGAGUUUAUGUUCUACACCAAGGAUCCCUACAACUAUGAUGCAAAGAUUCCUUCUAAUUGAGAUGGUGUUGAAAAAAGCUUGUUUUCUUAAAUUGUACUGGUGAAGAUGUGAUUUGUAUGGGGUGCUGAUUGCAUUUGCUUCUUUCUACAUUUGGCUUGCUUACUAUAUAUUUGGUGAAGGUGUGAUUUGUAUGUAUUUAUAUUUGCAUUUUCUUCAAUUGUACUGGUGAAAGUGUGAUUUGUAUAGUGUUGUUUGCAUUUGUAAGUCUGUAUGUAUUUUCUCAACCACCUCUUAGGCUGAGAAGAAAUCCUAUGGCUUACUUGAACAUGCAGCAGGAUGGGCAUUCUCUUGGAGAAACAAGUCAAUUUGUCGAAGAGGAUUUCUGAAGAGCAACUGAUGGAUGGAAGAUGUGCAGUUGAUGGCUGAGACUAGUGAUGAAAGACUCUGUUCAUCUGCAGGAAUAGUUCGGAUGAAUGUGCCAGUUCUUCCAUUGUGCACACCCAACUAUCCCCACUUUGAGGCCUGCUUGCGACUGCAAUUGAGAUCCAAGGUUUCUGGGACUGCAACAUAACUAUACAGCUGAGACAAGUUCUGAAGUGGAAACUGAGCACUUUUGACGACAACUUCAAAAGCAAUUUUACAAUUUACCACUUAUGAAUGAUGAAAAAGAAUCCUGGUUGGUCAUCAUCAGCUUGAGCUAAGUUGGAUUAAGGAAUGAGUUAAGGCCAUCAUGGCUUUUGAAAAUUCCUUCAAAAUAAAUCCUUUGUUUUAUGAUUCCUGAGCA